AUGAAAGGUUGGUUCGACGCUUUUCGAAACGAUGGAGGUCCAACAUUGUAUUCAUAUAGCAACAGGACUCCGGUUACGGGAGAUGUUAACACAAUAUCAAUAAUUCUAGUCUUUACAACACUUUUGGUCGCUUUCCUCGUUAUAUUUCCGGGUAUAAGAAAAGAGAGAUUUACGACUUUUCUCAGUGUCAUACUUAGUCUUUAUAUUGGAACUGUUAUAUUAGUUGCCAACAAUGGUUCAUCUUGGCACGUUGGAGUCAUUAAAAUAGUGAGUACGUAUCGAGCCUAUUCUCCAGAUCGUUUACAUGCCGAACUUGGAGCCUACAUAGGACUCGAUCACGUUAACGUAACAUUAAAAGCUUUGCCUGGUGUAAAUAGGACAGCAGAAGACAUUGAUUUCAACGAAAGAUUUCAAUGGAUCGGCUCCCAUGAAAUGGGUACGUCGUAUAAGCAAAGUUUAAAAAAAGGUUUACCCUUUCCCAUACUCACGGUUGCAGAAUAUUUGAGUCAAUGUCAGGAAGGUUUUAAUUGGGGGGCACAUUAUAGAGCAGCCGGGUAUUAUGCGAGCGUAACUCUUUGGGCUUCUUUUGCUUCUUGGCUCAUGAUGAACCUUCUUUUGAUUGUCGUACCACGUUAUGGAGCCUAUGCAAUGACGACAACCGGAACGUUAAUGCUUUUAAGCGAUUUUUUAUAUUGGUACAUGAUUCCUCCUCAUGAAUUAGUCGUGCGUUUAGAAGAAUCAGUAUUAAAUUUUCAUUUUGGAAAAAGUUUUUAUUUAGUUUUAUAUUCAGGAAUUUUAUGUUUAAUAGUCGGACUGAUAAUAACAACGAUCGAUACGAUAUUUCCACAUAAAUUUACAACAAUGUUAGAAGUCGAUUACGAUACUCCAUACGAUCGACACAUAAUUAUAGAAGAUAGUCAAGAAGAAGAAGAAGAACGGGGUUCCGUUACCGGUUUCGGAAAUAAAAUUUUAAGGAGGUUGUCGAAACGAGGACAAUUAGACGGUGUUGGAAAUGAAGCAUUCGAAAUGGAUCCACCAAAAUCACCCUGGAGGUAUCCGUUCAGGCACACGGCAUUUCCAGAAUUUAACGAUGAUACGAGAGGUCAAACAAGAGACAACAAUUCUUCUGAUAACGGACCCGUUAAAAGUCACAUAAAUACGUCAUCGAGACCUCCGCCAUUAAGGAUUUCAAAAUAUCCUUUUAAUCGGCAAAUUUCUGUCGAUUCUCAAGAUAGCGAUCAUUCGACGUCGAGUUUCGGUCUUUCUUUUCUUAGUAAAAUAAGAGAUAGUCAAAGAGUUCCACAAAGUCCUUUGGCAUCUGAACCAACAGCUGGAAUUCACGAAUCACGUAGAUCAAUAAAUCAAAAAUCUGACGUUUGGUGA